AUGAAUGUAACACGUCGAACAUCGUAUUUGAAUACCUUAUCCAAAACCGACGACGAAUCGAUGAUGAAACCAACAAGAAAAUCCUCUUGGUUUAAUUGUCUAUAUCAAACAUUCCAGCAUUUAUAUAUGCAGUUUCUCUUAGUAACAACACUCUAUGUCAUGGAACCAUGGGAAAGAAUCUUGAUGAUGAGCAUCUUCUUUUGUGCUAUUUCAUUAGUGACUUACUCAGCAUUUGUAUAUGUUCCAUUUCAUAUUCAUAAUAUUAUACAUUCGACAAUCCCAAAUUUAUCGACGGUUUUGAUACGUUAA